GAUCAAUUCCCGCUCAAGAUGGCGCGCUAUGGCGUGGAAGUGUCAACCGGAACACAGCUAAGCUCUCGUCAGGCUCUCGUAUAAGAAUCGCGGGAGCCGCACAUGUUCUCAGGGUCUUCUAGUUCACCUCGUCGGCAUGAUCGGUAGCGGUUGGUCAAGCAAGAUGUCCAAGUUCUUCUCAAGACCGUCAUUCAUGCGUGGAAACGAGCCGAAGGACUCGCCCUCUCCGGUAGAGAGUUCUGUAGAUCCUGAAGGGUCUGCAUUGAACGAAAAACUUCCGUCCAAGGACGACACUACUUCUACUUCCGAAAGCAACACGAGGGUUCAUGAAGAUCCAGCUCUAGCGCCGGGUGCGCUAACAUACGAUGAAGCUACGUCCGGCGGAAUGGGACAGCAUUUGGGUGUAUUCACCUGUACCAUGAUGAUCAUUGGUCGAAUCAUCGGCACAGGUAUAUUCUCGACGCCCUCCUCAAUCCUCAAUUCUGUUGGCUCCGUCGGCGCAUCUAUGAUGCUGUGGUUGCUUGGAUUCGUCCUUUCGUUCUGUGGACUGUUCAUUUGGCUGGAGCUUGGUACCAUGAUUCCUCGGUCUGGCGGAGAGAAAGUAUAUCUUGAGGCUGCCUACAAGAGACCGCGGCACCUAGCAACCAUUAUCUUUGCAACGAACGCGAUUCUCCUCGGGUUUACCGCGGCAAACUGUAUUGUUUUCGCCUCGUAUAUACUCGAGGCCGCCGGAGCUACUGUAACUCGCUGGAAUGAGCGUGGCAUCGCUCUCGGAGUUAUCUUCUUCGUGACCCUCUUGCAUGGGUUCACGCCACGGAUUGGAGUGUACCUGAUGAAUAUAUUAAGCGUGUUCAAAAUUGUCAUCCUGCUCUUCGUUGUCAUCGCAGGCUGGGUUGUGCUCUCCGGUCGCACACAUGUCGCAGAUCCGCAUGCUAACUUCAGAGAUGCUUUCGCCGGGAGUUCGCACAGCAGCUAUAACUACGCUACGGCCACGUUCAAAGUUCUGAACGCGUAUACUGGAUGGUCCAGUAUCAACUACGUCAUGAACAAUGUGAAGAAUCCAGUGCGCACGUUGAAGAUUGCGGCGCCUCUAGGACUCGGCAUUUGCGCGGUGCUGUAUAUCCUCGCUAAUGUGGCUUACUUUGCUGCCGCGACGAAAGAGGAGAUCCAGAAGUCGGGCAUCACUGUCGCGGCAUUGUUCUUCAAGAACGUCUUCGGGACACAAGCGCAGAAGGCACUGACUGUGUUUGUUGCACUGAGGAAUGUCAUCACCGUCACAUUCGGCGCUGCCCGCGUCAAUCAGGAGCUUGCAAAGGAGGGUAUCCCUUUGCCCUUCGGAAAUCGGUUCUGGGCAUCGAAUUGGCCGACGGGAAAGAGCCCUUUACCGGGUUUGAUCAUCCACCUUAUCCCUUCAAUCAUCGUCAUCAUCGCACCACCACCAUCUGUCGCCUACCCUUUCAUUCUCGACGUGGAAGGAUACCCUUCGCAGAUCAUCAACCUGUUCGUUGUUGUCGGACUAUUCUGGUUGCGGUAUAGGAAGCCCGAUGCGCAUCGACCGUUCAGAGUAUGGUGGCCACUCGCCGUAUUCUACCUGGCUGCUGCCGUGUUCCUCCUCGUAGCCCCGUUCAUCCGCCCUCCCGGCGGCAUCGGAGACACGCCUCCGCUACCAUACUACUUGUACCCCCUGGUUGGCAUUGCUAUCAUGGUUGUAGGCGUGCUCUGGUGGACAGCCUGGCGUGUCGUUCCGAGGUGGUUUGGCUACAAGUUCAUCGGGAGGAAAGAAUCCCUAAAAGAUGGCACCGUAGUUACUCAGUUCUCCUUGGAGAAAAGACAACACUGAAUGGAAUGCCGUGUUUCGCACCAGACGUUAACUUAUAUACCUGUGUCAAUGUUAGCAAUAUCUAUCUGAACGACGCGGAC